UCAACUCCGACGACGAAGGUUAACUCAGUUCUGUGGUCGCAACAUCCAACAUCUUCCGACAUGCCAGCCUCAGCAGCCCUCCACCAGGCGGACAACAUCAUGACCAACGUGGACUCAGCUCUGCGUACCGUAGGGUACGACUUACCGUCCCUCAUCAAGUCCAUCGACUUCAAGACUAUCGGGCUCGUCACCGGCGCCAUCAUCCUCGGUCUGCUGCUGUUCGACGUCAUCAGUCAGUGGCUGGGCAAGAGCCUCGAUAACGACUACUCCAGCUAUUCCUCCUACGGCCGCAGUCUGGCCGUUGGUGCCGCCAAAGUUUGGGACAAGAAGGACGAGAUCGGCCUCCUUGAAGGUGUUCGUGGCGGUCGCUCAUUGGAAUCGGUGACGAAGGUGCUAGACUCCAUCUCUGACGCGGUGCUCAAGUGGGAGGAAGACUCCGGUGCGUCCGCACAGCAGAAGAACGCGUCCGCAGUCCCCCAGCAGGACCUCAAGACCGCCCCGCGCAAGAGCAAGAUUCUCUUCCAGUAAAAGAUUACUUGAAGGACUCUUGCGGGUGUAGCUUGGAUCUUUCAGUUAUGGGGUAGAUCUUGCUAUUUCGACAUGUUGUUCCUUAGUUGUGGCGUUGAUCUCUCUCUCAGUUGUUGCCCUGAGAUUCUCAGUUGUGGCGCGAAUCUCUCGGUUGUUGCACUGAGAUUCUCAGUUAUGAAGUGAAUCUCGCAGCUGUGGCCCGUUGCUCCUCAGUUGUAACGUGGAUUUCCCAGUUGUGGUAAAUACCUCCAUCUGUUCUGGCGGGGAUCUCUCAGUUACUUGGUUGAGCCACGGAUCUCAUGGUCGUUGCAUCGAGCUUUUGAACAUGGUGUAGAGUUCCAUCAUUAUCGUCUGGAGCCUUCGGAUUUUGACAUUGAGCUUGCCCCUACGUCGUUAUUUUGUUGUUGGAGCUUGCAAAAAAUCAAUCUUUCAUGAUUUUAAAUUCAAGGGCAUAACAACAAUUCCAGGUUACAUCAUCCCAAGGCGAUUAGCUAAAGACUCCAAUUGGACAUAUGGCGAUUUGUCUCGUUGGUCUGAAGAAGGGGUUUAUGUAUUGCGUAUGGAUAAGCUAAUGCACUUGUUGAUAUAAGAGUCGCGACUCACAGUUAUAUUCGGCCGAGAGAACCGUCACUUCGCGCUUAUUUAAACUUAUUUAUGAUAUGUGAGUCAUCACUGCAAUGAUUGUUGAGUUGAUUGUCGUUGUGUGCUUGUAUAUUUAACUUAUUAUAAUUGUGUUUAUUACCGAUCCCUAAAAUUGGACAUGAUGCACGAUAAAUACUUCUCUGCUAAUGCAACCAAAGAAUGAACAUAAAAUGGUAAUUUCUUAAAAUCUUUUGUUUCAUCCAUUUUAUAUUUUGUUUUAAAGAAACAACUUGUC